UCAGGCACUCAGUCUGUGGGAUACUACAUCCAAGGAGCGCUCCCAUCACCGGUCCGCAGGGAUUACGCAAUGCAUACGAUAUAUUCUUAACUGAGUUCAUUGUAAGCAUCUGUGGAAGCUUCAUUAGCUCCAGAGCCUAAACCUUUAAUUGCCCUGUCCCAGCACGGUGACUCGGGGGACGCUGUACCUUUAAAGCCGCAGGUUCGAGUGGCUGAGCUCAGUUUGUACCCGGCGGGAGUGACUCCCACUGGGGUGCUGCACACCUUGCACGGCGGAAGUGACUCGUGUAAUAUUCCUUAGCAAACGGUGUAAUGCAUCACUAGGAGCCGAUCGCUCUACCGUAACACAUCGGUGCCUCUGUACAUCGCGCACUGGAGAAUUAACUCUUUAUAUUUGUUCACACGAUGCUUUGUGGACAGGACUUCGCCGCCUGCCUUUAAGCGGGCUGCACUCGCAAAGAAACGUCCAGCGCAGUAUUCCCCAUAACCCAGCGUUAUUUGCACCCAGUCUCCUCCUGCAGCCGGCAUGGAUCAAGGAGUAGAAGUGUCGGUGUGGCCGGGCACCGUGUGCCGCGGAGCCCCGGAGGACGAGCUGUGCACACUGCGUGAAACCGUGCAGGAGCUCCAUACCGAGAUGGACAGCUUCAGGCGUGGGAUGGAGAAGCAGCUGGAGGACGUGCUGAGGCUGGCGGGUCCGCUGUCCCGCUCUGUCACCGACCUGCAGCGCGAGAACCGGCAGCUCCGGGAGCAGGUCGACAAGCUGAGCCGCCAGGUGGAGCUAUUGAGCCGUGCCGCGGGGCUGAGCGGGGAGGGGCAGACCAGGUACUCCAGCCACGCCCAGCUCUCCGUGUCCGUGAAAGCGCAGAGUGUGCCCGAAGAGCAGAAUGAUGAUUCCGCACGAACCAGCGGCUCUUCGGUUGUUGAAAAUGGACAUCAGACUAUUUCAGACAAAAGAGUAAUCUCUCAGGAGUCAAACUCCGUGGCCUCCGCUCCUUCGACACAGGAACACUCUCCAGCGAUGUCAGUGAGAAUGCCACACCUGCCGGUCACAGCUGUGACUCGAUCGGGUCCAGAGACCCAUUCCAACACAACCAAUGGCAACAACCGCCAGCAUGGAUAUGACCUUAAGAGUCCUCAUGAGAUGUCUCCUAAACAAAACAAUACACAGGGUGCUGUCAGGACAUGGAAUGCCAGUGUUGUCAGGACAAUGGGUGUAUCAACCAGCUCUGAAAAAACCAUAUCUGCUUCAAAGACCACUCAGAGUUACAGCGUAUCAUGCUCUUCGGCAAGCACCGAAAGUGCCGACAGAUAUUUUGAUGUCACCCCUAAAUCGCACUCUCCUCCGCCUGCUGUAACCCGUCAAGCUGAGAGGAAGCGGGAGUUGGUCAGGUCCCAGACACUUCCCCGAUCUUCAGGUACUCAAGCUCGCAAGGCCUUCUUCGAGAAAUUCGACCAGGACAGUGUCAAAGGAAAGGGGGAAUCCAAGGUGAAGUUGAAAAGGUCUCAGAGUUUUGGCGUCGCUAGUGCCAGCAGUAUUAAACAGAUCCUCUUGGAAUGGUGCCGCUCGAAGACAAUUGGAUACAAGAACAUUGACCUUCAGAACUUUUCAUCCAGUUGGAGCGAUGGGAUGGCUUUCUGUGCCCUCGUCCACUCGUUUUUCCCUGAAGCUUUUGAUUAUGAUGCCCUGGUGCCCGCAAACCACAAACAGAAUUUCGAGCAAGCUUUUUCUACAGCAGAGAAGUACGCCCACUGUGACCGUCUCAUAGAAGUGGAAGACAUGUUAAUGAUGGGACGAAAGCCCGAUCCAAUGUGUGUGUUCACGUAUGUGCAGUCUCUCUACAACCAUCUCCGGCGCUUUGAGUGACAUCCUUGUCCCUGAUCCACCACCCACAGGCAUCCGGUCACUUUCCCUCUGCAGUAGCCCACAAACUUUCGCAACAAAAGCAGUCUCCAUAGUUCUCUCCUACACCGACAACUUGGCCGUGCAGCCUGACCUCUUUAAUGGCACCUAAAAGAAGAAAACCCACAAGAGACGGAGGACAUCUUUUCUCACACAGCUAAAAAGGUGUUGGGAGCUGGUUUUGUCAUCUUCAGCAUGAUUCAGGCUUUAUUAAUGACCUCCUCGGCAGCUCAUUGUCUACUAAGAGAACUGGGACACUGAGACAGAACUUUAUGGUGCAAAAAGAAAAAAAAAUAAGAUUUACAAAUACUCCAAAUGAGCGGAUGAUGCAACAGUGUUUCCUUGAGAAAACGCCACAUUUGCUAAAGCAUGUUCUCAAGGAAGUUGUGUGUUCAGCACUUUUUCCGAUACUGUUUUUAUUUAGGUUAUGUUUUUUUUUUUGCUUUGUGUUUUAAUUACAUCCUGCUCCUUGGGAGUAUGCGACUCAACCCUGUCUUUUAGUGAACAGAUUAUAGUAACGGUUGCUCUUUUUUAAGUAGAAAUCCUUAUUAUUUUAUCUCAUUUGAACAAAUCGCUUAUUAAAAUACCUCACUGCA